GAUCAGUUCUGGUAACAUCAUGGCAGAUGGCAGGAUCUACGUGGGGAACCUUCCGGCUGAUGUGCAAGAGCGGGAUAUUGAGGAUAUAUUCUUCAAAUAUGGCAAAAUCCGAGACGUUGAGUUGAAGAAUAACAGAGGCACUAUUCCCUUUGCCUUUGUGCGCUUUGAAGAUCCACGGUAAGAUAAACCACCAUCCAUGAAUGGCAUUCUCCAUUGUUGACCAAUAAGACUAGAUCAAUAGUGUUCAUAGUUUUGUCAUUUGUGACUGACUCCCAUAUGACUGCCAUCUUGACAUGCCACAUUCUCACACGGUCACUCAUGUCCUUAUGUAUUAGUGAUGCAGAGGAUGCAGUCUAUGGGAGGAAUGGUUAUGGAUUUGGAGACUGCAAGCUGCGCGUUGAGCACCCUCGCUCUGCCUCCUCUAAAUUCAACGGUCCUAUGGGUGGUGGUGGUCGAGGGGGUGGUGAAGGAGGUCCCGGUGGUCCUAAAGGGAGGUUUGGGCCUCCUACUCGAAGGUCAGAGUUCAGAGUUAUUGUGACUGGUAAGUGGAUAAAGUCGGUGCUUAUUUGUUUAAUGAAAGCUUAUCUCUUCCUUCGAUCAACGUCAGUUUGCACUCGGUUCCCUCUGAUUAGCUUUUUAUAUGCUUUAUUUCUCAAGUUAUCAGUGUUAAAUAAUUCCAUGAUUUACGACACUGUAUGCCAAUGCAAGGUUAGAUGUACCCUGGUAUUGUUGGGGGUUGCCUAUAACAUUUACAUUUUACAUUUUAGUCAUUUAGCAGACGCUCUUAUCCAGAGCGACUUACAGUUAGUGCAUAUAUUAUUUUAUCGAACCCACAACCCUGGCGUUGCAAACGCCAUGCUCUACCAACUGAGCUACAUCCCCUGCCGGCCAUUCCCUCCCCUACCCUGGAUGACACUGGGCCAAUUGUGCGCGCCACCCCAUGGGUCUCCCGGUCGCGGCCGGCUACGACAGAGCCUGGAUUCGAACCAGGAUCUCUAGUGGCACAGCUAGCACUGCGAUGCAGUGCCUUAGACCACUGCGCCACUCGGGAGUAAUAACAAGGUUUCCCAACCCUGGACCUCAAGUACCCACAACAGUACACAUUUUUAUUGUAACCCUGGACAAGCACACCUGAUUCAACAUGUCAACUAAUCAUCAAGCCCUCAAUGAGGUGUGUUUGUCAAGGGCUACAACGAAACUGUGCUGUUGGGGGUACUUGAGGACCAGGGUUGGGAAACACUGGCCUAUAAAGGCCAAAGUCCUUAAUGGUUUGGUCUCUGUUCCCACAGGCCUGCCUCCGACUGGAAGCUGGCAAGACUUGAAAGAUCACAUGAGGGAGGCGGGAGACGUUUGUUUCACAGAUGUUCAGCGGGACGGGGAAGGGGUGGUGGAGUUCCUGCGCAGAGAGGACAUGGAGUAUGCCAUGCGGCGCCUAGACAGGACGGAGUUCAGAUCACACCAGGUAACUAAACACUCAGAUCCUCAGCUCUACAGUCUUAAGGAAAUGUUGCAUUUUCAGGACGUUCUCUGACAUGGCGGACAUUUUUCAGGGGGAGACAUCGUCUAUCCGGGUCCAUGGAGAGAUUGGGGACAGCAGAGGACGCUCCCGGUCCCGUUCCAGAUCCAGGGGACGGUACUCACCCGCUUAUCAAGGUCGCGGCUCUCCACCCCCUCGUUAUCAGUCACCCCCUGUUCGCAAGGUGUCUCGCCAUAGCCCUCCUCCACGUCGCCCACCUGCAGCACACCGUAGCCCACCCUCCCGCAGCCCACCCCCCCGUCACUACCGAUAGUCUACCUACAGGAUGGAGCCAAGACUGCUGAUUACUUUUUGUGUUGCUUUUCGUUUUAGGCUGUCAUGUGCAUUCCACUAUGAAGACUGUCUCCAAAGGAGGACUUUUUAAAAUAGUGUAGACAGCGGCUGGGCAAAUCUGCAUUUGCCUCACAUUCUAAGUGAUUCAUUCUCAGACCUAGGAUAUAGCUAGUUAGGGAUAUUUGUGAAGGAGACUGCAUAUUAGAGGGAUGCAACAUCAUACAGCUCUUUAGUAAUGUGUUUUCUUUAACAAACAAAAAAAAAGCAUGUUUCUGUAAGAGCCUGUCUAGACUGCCCUUCCUUGUGGAUGGUUGCCUUGCAAAUGUGUUUGUGCUGGUCUCUAUUUUGUUCCUCUUAUUUUACAUGAGUGAAAUUAUUUGUAACUACUCCUGCCCCCAUUCUCAAAAUAAUCUUUGUAUCUUGUAACAGCUUUGUAAAAAGUAUUUUUUUUAUUUUUUUUUAUA